AUGCCUAGAUCAAAGCGUUCAAAGUUGGUGACUCUAGCCCAAACUGAUAAAAAGGGUAGAGAAAAUAAAGAAAGAAUUUUUGAUGAAGUUCGUGAGGCUUUAGAUACAUACAGGUAUUGUUGGGUUCUAUAUUUGGACGAUGUAAGAACACCUGUUUUGCAAGAAAUAAGAACCGCAUGGGAAGGCUCCAAAUUAAUCAUGGGCAAAAGAAAAGUUUUACAAAAAGCAUUGGGUGAAAAACCAGAAGAAGAAUAUAAAGAAAAUUUACAUACAUUGACCAAGCAUUGUUCUGGUGUCACAGGUUUAUUGUUUACUAACGAAGAACCAACCACUGUUAAAGAAUAUUUUGAAUCAUACGUCAAACAAGAUUAUUCAAGACCAAAAAGUAAAGCCCCAAUAACUUUUACCAUUCCUACAGGUAUAAUUUAUUCCCGUGGUGGUCAAAUCCCUAUAGAGGAUGAUGUUCCAAUGGUACAUUCUUUGGAGCCAACUUUGAGAAAUAAGUUUAAGAUUCCAACUAAAAUUAAGAAUGGUAAAAUUUUAAUUGAAACUCCUUACAAUGUCUGCGAAAAGGGUAAAACUUUAGAUGUACGUCAAGCUUUGAUUUUGAAACAAUUUGGUAUUGCUGCUUCUGAAUUUAAAGUUAAGAUAUCUGCUUAUUAUGAUAAUGAGAGUAAUCAAGUUGAAGAAGUUAAUAUUAACAAAGAAUGA